UCUUAUGUUUUCACGUCACAAUUCACAACAAAAAUAAUUUUCUUUCUUAAUUAUGUUAGCGUAAUUGCGAUUGUAGUGUAUUAUUAAAAGACAUUCUAACAUAAGCAUUAAAACUCUUAUACUCUUUUAUUUGUCUAAGUUUUCAAUAAGGCUUACUGUAGUUAAAUGGCGAAUACAUUUGUUCAUGGUAGUCUCCUUCAUUGAAUAAUAUCAAAUGAAAUAUCAAUGCGCUCAUCAGUGAGCUACAUAUUGUCUCACGCGCCAGGAGAGUCUGUGAUGUCGCACCCAGACUACGCGCAGCACGCACAGCAUCAUGCCUGUGUGCUGGUGCUCGUUAAAGGUAUUGGGGGCGUAUUGAAAAAUUUCAAUAAGCUCUGGGAGCGGAUACAACGCGUCAAUAAUAUAAAAGUUACUGAUUCUUCAGGACAGGUAAGAGAUAUUUGGGUGAGAUAUGUCCGAGACUAUCCAGUUGAAAACAAUGAUUGGGGAGAUUUUCAGACUCAUAGGAGACUGCUGGGCUUAAUAACUCUUAGUAAGUUUACUAAUCAGAUAGAACUUAAUGAAGUAUGUAGAGUUCAUGAGUCUUUGAAGGUAAAAUAUUCUAAUACUCUAUAUGAUUCCCGUGCCUUCAUGUUUGGCCCUGGUAGUAAUAUGAAGAAACCACAACAAGAACCUGAGACAUACAACACCUAUGAUGAUGAUAAAACGAAAGAAAGAACUAGCUUAAGUGAUAAAAUAUCACUUCCAAGUGAUCAAGCGGAUAGUCUAUCUUCAUGUGAGAGUUUUCCGAGAUCUGUAUCUUCUAAUACAUCAUAUUCAGUAAAAGAAGAUAAUUUCACAACCCCAUCUAACUUUAAAACCCAUGCACUGUUUUAUGGAGAGAAUGACUCGGUACCAGAUCUCGAACAGCAUGUUGCUGAUCUUAUUAAUUCACUAUUUUGGGUUGUUGAGUCGAAACGGCUGGAGAGAUCAAGGGAAAAAUUGGAGAAGGUUUCUCUUUUGUUGGCUCCAUUCGAGAAAAGAGAUUUCGUAGGACUUGAUAUGGAAUCACGAAAUAAUAAAAAACGUUGUAUGGGUCGUGUCACUAAAAAUUUAGCUGAUUUAACCUUACAAGCUGGUCUUAUUGCAGAAGCUUUGAGUUUGUACCAUUCUGCCGCGGAAAUACUUAAAUCUGUCAAUGAUUGGCUUUGGUUAGCUGCAGCUAAAGAAGGUCACUGUGCAACAUCUGCUAUACUUCAAUACCCUAAUCUAAGAAAUCCUACCCCUUUACAACGUAACGCAAGUCUACAAGAAAGCUCGCCUAGUAAAAUAAAACCCUUAUCAUUAUACCAACCCAAUACAGACCCCUUUCGAAAAUUUAAACUUCAUUCUUCUCCAUUGAGAUCACCAAAAACAUCUAGUCCUGUAAAUCCACCCAGUGAACUUACACCGUCGUCAUCCGAAAGUGUAGAAACUUCUUCGAGGCAAUCUGAAACUGAUAAUGCCGAUACCGAAUCUAUAGCUUCGUCUAGCGACAUUGACUACCAAAGUCAAAAGUCUUAUCUGAGCCCAGAUCUCCCUUCAAUACCGAGACAGCCUCCGUCCCAUAUUAAUAAUCAAUAUUUACUCGGUGGAGAGGAAAUUGCAGAAAAAUAUAGAAAAGCAAUUAUACACUAUAGCAAAUAUCAAAACGCCGGUAUCAUUGAAACGGAGGCGUGUUUUAAAGCUGCAAGAAUUGCAGUUGAGCAAAAUAAUAGUUUGCACGCAUCAAGUUUUCUACAGAAUGUAAUAUUUAUCAAUUUAACUCUAAGUGAGCAAGAGAAGAUUCAAAGAUUUGACACCCUUGCUGAACUUUAUAAAGAAAUUGGCUUUCUUCGCAAAGCGGCAUUUUGUCAACGACUUGCGGCCACAAGGCAAGUAAGCGCAAACAAUCCAAAUCCAGAUUGGCAACGAUGUUAUUACCUCAUGCUGCACAGCUUUCCUGGACAUAAACUAAGUCUUGAUCCUAAUUACGUCAUACAACACCAAGUUGGUUGGCCAGCAUUACAAAUUCAGUUAUUGCACGAGCUGGUAGUGGCUGCUCGUCGGAUGGGACACCCCGCGCUCGCGACCCGACACAUGACCUUCCUGCUACAGACCAUGUGGCCGCAUCUCUCGCGACAGGAACACAGGGACUUGGCCAUACAGCUGCAGGCUCUUUCCGCCCAAUGCGAAGGAGGCCCAGUACCCCUAGUACUUGAAACUGGUGAAGUUAUACCCCCAGCGAACCUGACUCAUGUACCAAGCUGUUCGUACUUUAAUCCACGUCAAUUAGCUCCAGCAAGAACUCCUCAUCUUAUAAAGUGUAAGGCUAAUCAAGGUCCUUUUAUAUUUACACCGAUACAUUUCGGUAGCCUCGAAAGGAAAAAUAAAAAAGAUGAAGGGAAAAUGGAGUACCUCUGGGUUGAGGACGAUAUUUGUGAAGUUCAAAUGAAAUUGACAAAUCCUUUGCCUUUUGAACUGAAAGUGUCUAAUAUGCGUCUUCUGACGUCAGGCGUUGUCUUCGAAUCUAUCCCUGAGACUAUAAUCCUGCCACCAGAUUCGCCAACAACCGUCAACUUACACGGGACACCUAAAGAAAUCGGCGAACUACAGAUAUUGGGCUACUCGACCCAUACAUUGGGUGUUAAGUCUAAUUGUAGACUUAAAAAUAUGCCAAUGCCACAUAAGUUUCCCGCCUCGUUCUUAAUCCAAGUCAUUCCAAGUUUGCCCACGAUUACAAUAGAGACUACAUUGUCACUAUCGGGAAACAUUAAUCUAUCGAAUCCGGAAAUUUCUGGAAACAUCACUAAUAUUUCCUUAUACAACGGUGAAAGUACUGAAUGUACUAUAACUAUUACGAACACCAGCAAUGUACCUAUUGAAUAUUUGGACUUGUCAAUUCAGUCGAAUAUGGAUAAUCAGCUACAAACGAAAGUAUUCCAAUGGUCGAAUGAAGAUAUACAAUCCCAAUUACCCAUUAAUCCUAGUGAUGUGGCGACUAUAGUUAUGAAAUUAUAUGGGGAAGCAGAUUUUCUAGACUUAGGAGGCGUGGGAGAGAACUUGUUCCCUAAUAGCUUGACUUCUAAUUACCCUUCUAGAGUUGGAUCACCAAUUCCGAACGCUCAAACAUCUCUACCCACGCAUAGUUCAAACCCACAUAAUUCUUUGAGCAGUGGUCUCAUGAAUAGGACCUCUGGAAGUUUCAGGUCUUCUAAUUCACAAACAACUAGCUGGUCUGCUCCGAUUUCAAUAAUGCCACCAUCUCGAGGACGUCAAAUAGAAACACAGAUUGUUAUAAGGUAUUCUGGGGGUGUGGGCAAAGAAAUGCACUGCCGACAAUCCACACUUCAAAUGAAUCUUGAAUUGCUACCCAGUGUUUCUAUAACACACUGGGAUGUGUUGCCCGCUGAAAUUCCAAGUCAACUUUAUUUGGUGUUGGAUAUCACAAACCUCACUAAUGAAGAAAUGGACUUCCACUACACGCCAUCCAAACAUAUUCUUAUCGAAGGCAAGGAGUCGCGCAGAGUGCCCGUGCCUCUGGACAGAUGCCCCUUCACAGCUACAAUAACUAAAAAUGAAGACGAUUCUAUGGAACCUAAGUCCAUAAGCACGGGAACAUCCACUAAUAGUCUCGAACUGAUGUGUUCUGAACAUUUAACUAAGAAUGUCGACUUGCGUUGGCACCUUCUGCAGUCGAACAUAACUGGCCGCGCUUCAGUCAAAGGCAUAACUCUCUCUCAGACAAUGAUGGAUAUUGUUAGGAUGUCACCAUUAAAUUGGGAGGUAAGCGUAAACAAGCAAUGCAUUAAGCCACAAGAGGAAUACAAUUGCAUGGCCGGCGAGUGCCUGUCAUUGGGCGUUGCGGUAUGGAAUCACCUGACCCGACCUUUACACAAGCUAUGCCUCUCUGUGCAGUUCUAUCAAGACUAUAACAAUGGUGUGCUUAAUUACAAGCUCGAUAAUAGAGUCGCCACUGCUGGGAAUAACAAGGUAGUACUGACGACACUAUUAGAAUCGGCCAAAGCUUAUCAUGAGUGCACCGUCGUGUUUUUGACACCUGGCGAAUAUAAAAUUGAUAUCCAAUGCUCAACGACAGAACCCAUAAUAGAUGAAAUUCCACCUUUAAAAGAUGUAAACCAAACAAUUGUUCAAUCUUGUGCAGGGGAAGUUAGUCAUGUUUGGAGAUUUAUACCUCCAGUAGCAAUAAGUGUUACUGAUUAAACUAUUUAUUAAAAUGUUAUGUGGCAUCGCUUUUUAUGAUUCAAUUAAUUAUUCUAUGAACAUGUGUAAUUUAUAAAGAAGUACAGAUUAUUAAAGUCUUAUUUAU